AUGCAUAACAAGGUUGGUGCAGGGCAGAACCUGGAGAAUUUCCCGCUUGAAGAUGUUGCUCGUAUAAUCACUCAUUUGGCCAUUGAGAACGACAACACUAUAAGUCAUGAGGAUGGUUUAGAGAAGCACAUUCAUCCAAAUAUUCAUCAGGACAUGGAACUUUUGCAACGAGUCCCAGAAUAUGAUCAGCAUGCAGCAGAGGUUCACAGUAUAAAGGUUCAUAAUAUAAAAUCACUACCUACAUUUGUAGAUGGUGAUGUUAAUCUAACAAGGACUGGAGACGUAAAAAUCACCCUACCAACACCUAAAGAAGCUUUUGACACUGGACUUGUGAAGAAGGAGGAUCUUUUCAUUACAACCAAACUUUGGAAUUCUGAUCAUGGACACGUUGUUGAGGCUUGCAAAGAUGGUUUUAAGAAGCUUCAGUUAGAUUAUUUGGAUUCAUAUCUUGCUCAAGCAUAUUCCAAGAUAAAGCCUGCUUGUAAACUAGAUUGA